UGAUAUAUUCUGAAAAGGGUGUCAGAGUUGCUUUGCCCAAAAUUCCAGUGGAAACUUGUUCACCGUCCACAUUUCUAGAAGUCCGUGACUGAUCAGACAAAUAGCACUGGGUUAUCUCGGGUGCGUCGUGUACGUACCUUAUAUCUUUUUUCAUGCACGGUUUCAAGUUCACUCGAUCACUUGGACUCUUGUGCAAGGUCACUCAUAACAACAUGGAGCGCUCGGUGAAGCACACGCUUUGGCAGUUCCAUCACAAAUACUCUUCCAUUGUCCUUGUAUCCGGCCUCGUUUACCAACUGUACCAAUUGGGAUGGUCCAAUCUGAUAUGGCCUUUGUUGCCAUGUUGGGCGUACCUCGUCUACCACAUCAUUCCUGAGAGAAAGAUCCCCGGUGCGGAAGAUUAUAAUGCCAUUAUAAUGGGAGGUGGAUUCUCGGGUUUGGGAGCGGCAGCCAAGAUGGAUCAAAUCGGUGUCAAGUAUUUUCUUUUGGAAAAAGCCGAGGAUUUAGGAGGAACUUGGUGGGAAAAUCGAUACCCUGGAGCUGCGUGUGAUAUCAAUUCACAUUUGUACAGUUUUUCGUACUUUCUUAAUCCAUGGUGGACUAGGGAAUAUGCCCAACGUAAGGAGAUUCGCAAAUACAUGGAGGAAUUUGCUUCCUAUUACAAUUUAUACCCCAAUCUGAUGUUUAAUCACGAAGUGAUCAGUUGUGAUUGGAUUGAAGCCGACAAGAAAUGGCUCGUUCGGACCAAGAACGGAAAAGAAUUCAAGGCCAAUUUUGUCAUUUCCGCAUGCGGUGGCAUUCACAAAAUUAACAUGCCCAAGUUUGAAGGAGAGAUGAAUUUCAAUGGCACUCGAGUGCACAGUGCCAAAUGGGAUCCUGCUUUAGUGAUCGACGGUAAACGGAUUGGAGUGAUUGGAACAGGCGCAUCUGCUGUUCAAAUUGUUCCAUCCGUAGCUUCCCAAGUCAAGGAUCUCUAUGUGUUCCAGAGAUCAGCUGCGUGGGUUCCACCUCGAUAUGAUUCUGAGACCCCUCCUUGGAAGAUGGUCCUUCGAACGAUCUUCCCAUUCUUGACCACGUGGGAUAGAUGGUGGAACUAUUGGAUCCGUGAACUCCGAUUCCCUUUCUUUUUCAAAACAACAUUCGCAUUUGUGGCUGAAAAAGCUAUGAAACAAUUGACAAAGUACCAUAAGAGGUUGGUCCAAGACCAAACUAUUGCUCAAAAACUUGUUCCAGACUACGCCAUGGGAUGUAAGAGAGUCACUCCAUCGGACACCUAUCUGCAAACCUUUAACAGAGACAACGUUCAUCUCAUCACUGAUAAGAUCCAAAAGUUCACCGAGAACGGCAUUCUGGUGGCAAACGGCAAUCAAAAACAAGAAAUCGAACUAGACAUUGUGGUCUACGCCACUGGGUUUGAUCCUUUGGCAACUCUCAAGGCUGUUCCAACCAAGGGUAGGAGUGGAGAAGAUAUGCACAAGAACUUUGGAGAUGCGCCUCAAACUCUUAAAGGAAUUGCGGUGCCCCAUCAACCGAAUUUGUUUCUUGUUCUGGGUCCUAAUACCGGAUUGUCGCAUAAUUCUAUCAUCACUGUGAUUGAGUGUGAAAUCAAUUAUAUUGCCGACUGCAUGAAGCACUUGAUCUUAGGGGGUCAAAAGAGUAUGUUGGUCAAGAAAGAGGCCAUGGAAAAGUACGAGCAGUACAUGCGAGACAAUCUGAAAAAUCACGUGGUUUCCAGUGGAUGCGAGUCUUGGUACCAAAACAAACAUGGAGUCAACCUCUCCAUCUGGCCCAACAGUCUAACAAACUUGUGGUGGAACAUGCGCCGAUCCGAUCCCAAUGACUUUCAAUUUGAUUAGCAAUGACUACGAAUGAAGAAUAAGCUUCUUCGCGCAUUCUCUGAAUGGUUUCAUAAAGACAUAAACACGAGAUAAGGACACGUUUUGAUCCUAUACGCACUCACAAGA